AUGGAAACAGCUUCUGGGAAAGAAAAGACCUUCAUCUGCUAUAGCAUUAGCCUAAGGUCAAGGUGUGAAGGAGCACAGGGUGAUGAAAACAGCAAUGACAACAACAAUGCUGGCUACGUUCUCGUGAACGAUCCACACAUCUACAUCUGCCUUGCUUUGGCUUUCCCUUCCGUCUUCACUGAACCCAGAAUUUGUAUUCUAGAAGGAAACAAUUCUGACAGUAAUGUGAAAAUUGGAUUGAAAGAGAAGGUGGAGAUUGGACUGAAGAAUAACAAGCACCGCCAGACUGGCAGCCUGAGACAGCCAGCUUCUAGCAAACAGCUCUCGGCCGAUACAGCACGGACAAUCUGUAUUUUUUAUUUUAUUUUUUACUCAGAAGGAGACGUGGAUGAUGACCUAAGCCUGCCAAGUGUAGGAGAGUCCCAGUCUUCAGGUUGUGAUACCUCUUCCAACUUUACUGUAAAGUCACAAGAACAACUAAAAAGGAAUAAAAUGAGACCAAGUAUCUCUAAAAUCAUCACCAUCAUCACCUUCUUUUUUAUUUUUUUAAUAAUUACAUUAACCACAAUUUUAACAGAAAAUCACAAAUCUUUCACUGAACACAAAUCAUGCCUGGAUGACUGGAUUGGUUACCUAGGAAAGUGCUUCUAUUUUUCUGAAAACACAACCACCUGGGCAGCAAGCCAGAACUUCUGUGUCUCUCAUGCAGCAACUCUUGCUGUGUUCAACACCACAAAAGAACUGGAUUUCCUGAAGCGAUAUUCUGAACAUUCUCAAUAUUGGAUUGGACUGAGCCGAAAACCAGGACAGACCUGGAAGUGGGUAGAUGGAACCACCUACAGUGAUUGGUUUAAAGUCAUUGGAUUUGGAGAAUGUGCCUAUCUACACAAAAUUGGGAUUAGAAGUUCCAGUAGCCAUUUGGUUAGAAAAUGGAUUUGUAGCAAACCGUGCACAUGUAUUCCAAGAAGUUAAGAUA